AUGAAACGUUUCGAAUCUAUCUUUAUGAUUAUCGAUGUUAUUUUGUUUAUUAUUGUUUGGAUAACGUUGUUUGGUAUUAUUCUUUAUGUGUUUUAUCCAGCUCUCCCACCUGAAAUUUAUCCAACCCCAACAAUAGUAAAACAAUCCAACACUUUUUUUACAAUAGUUCAAGUUUCAGACCCUCACUUUUCUAAAUGGUGGAUUAGUCAUGCAAUUAAAAGGAUGAAUAAAUUUUGUAGUUCAACCUUAAAGAAAACAAAACCUGAACUUGUUGUUGUUACUGGAGAUAUCACGAAAGGUCAAAAAAUUGCUGCUACAAACUAUCCAAUGCAACACCGAGAAGAGUGGGAAGGUUAUAGAACUAGAGUAGACAAUGUAUGUAAAAGAUAUUUUUGUAAUAGUAAUAAUUUUAAUCAAUCAGAAAAUGAGCCAUUAAAUGGAGUACCUAAAUGUCUUUCUGAUCAUUGGAUUGAUAUUCGUGGAAAUCAUGACAGUGAUGGAAUGAUAUAUGGUGUUGAAGAAAAAAACUAUGCUAAAGAUUAUCUAAUUUCUGGAGAUCAAAAAUUGAUUGUCCGGGAUAUUACUAAAGAUAACCAAACUAUUAGAGUUAUUUUAAUCGAUAUGUUUCAAGAAACUUCUUUACCUGUUGAUGGAGAAGGAAUAGUCAAUAUUUCAUUAUAUAAUAUAUUAAAACAAAAACUAACUGAACGAAAAACAACUCAUACAAUCCUUGCUGGACAUUACCCAAUUAAUUCAGUUGUUGUUGAAGAAAAUGAUACUCUACUUAAUUGUCUUAGAAAAGACUUCAAUGAUAAUCUUCCUUUUUCGAUGUAUUGGAGUGGUCAUUAUCAUCAAAAAAAUUUACAUGUUUAUCAUAAAGGUGGGAUUAGAGAAGUUGAAUGUCCAACUAUGGAAAAUAAUGUUGUUCAUAUCUAUGUAUUUAAGGAUGGAUUUAUUUAUGACAAAGAUUUAUAUAUUUACAAAGAUACAGUUUUAUUAUUAAAACCUACAGCACAAAAGUAUUAUAAUCAUAAUUCUGCAUUUGAAACACUUGAGUCUUAUUCUAAGUUUGAAGGAAUUGUUUUUUCAUUACAAAAAGUAAAACUUGUUAAAUUGUAUAUUAAUGGAGAAGAAUAUUGUCAAAUGGAUCAAAAUGAUAAAGAUAUUCGUUUAUAUCAAUGUGAUGCUCAAGAAUAUUACUUAACUCAUCAAAAAAUUUAUAAAGCAAAACUUCUUGUUUUAUUUGAAGAUGACUCUAUUCAAGAAGAUGAACAAGAAAUGAAAGAAACAUUUAAUCACAGAAAAUAUAUUUUGACUCUUUCUUUUUUUAUUCUUACAAAUAUUGUCUUACUUUUUAUAGAAAUCAGAUUAGUGGUAUGUUGUAUAAUUGCUGGAUUAUUGUUUAGAUUCAAGCCAUUAAUUUAUUUGACUCGGUUUGUUCCAUUCACAUUCAUUCGAAAGUAUAGAAAGAUGCCACUUUCUUAUUUGUUAUUAUUUAUUGGUAUUUUAUUGUAUAUACACUCUGGCUAUAUUGUAAUUGGAGACAUAGGAAUGGGAGAACCUGUUUACAUAACUUUUAAAACCGUUCUUGUUGGACCUCGUUCAGCCCAUUUCCAUUCAACAAGAAUUGCCAUCAUUUGUUUCUUAAUUAUAUUAACAUGGUAUUGUUGUUAUGGAGUUGCUUUGUAUAAUAUGCAAUGUCAAACCCAAGCAAAUAUGUGUUUUGGAGUUCUUGCUUUCCUCCUUGGAGUUUUCACAAGAAUGGCUUUAUUUACUACUGCUGUUUCUUUAAUCUUUACAAGCCCUUUUACAUACAUUAUGCUUUUGAAUAUAGGUAUUCUUGUUCACAGCAAGUAUGGUUAUUCAGUAGAUUUAAAACUUAAAAAAUCAACUCUAUCUCAAAAAGUGCUCAUUAUUUAUUAA